GAGUUUGAAACUGCUGGCACUCGGCCUCUGAGCUCCGGGAGUCGCUGCGUCCGCGCAGUCCGGAACUGCGGGGUGGCCGCCGCGGGAACAAGAGAGGGUCUGUUGUAACCUGUUGAGUAACUAUGGAAGACUAUAUCAAGAUAGAGAAGAUUGGAGAAGGUACUUAUGGUGUGGUGUAUAAAGGUAGACACAGGACUACUGGCCAGAUAGUGGCCAUGAAGAAAAUCAGACUUGAAAGUGAGGAAGAAGGAGUGCCUAGUACUGCCAUCCGGGAAAUUUCUCUAUUAAAAGAACUCCGCCAUCCAAAUAUAGUCAGUCUUCAGGAUGUGCUCAUGCAGGACUCCAGGCUGUAUCUCAUUUUUGAAUUCCUGUCCAUGGAUCUCAAGAAGUACUUGGAUUCUAUCCCUCCUGGUCAGUUCAUGGAUUCUUCACUCGUUAAGAGUUACCUGUACCAAAUCCUCCAGGGGAUUGUGUUUUGUCACUCCCGAAGAGUUCUCCACAGAGACUUGAAACCUCAAAAUCUUUUGAUUGAUGACAAAGGCACAAUCAAACUGGCAGAUUUUGGCCUUGCCAGAGCUUUUGGGAUACCGAUUAGAGUGUACACACACGAGGUAGUGACGCUGUGGUACCGAUCUCCAGAAGUGUUGCUGGGAUCAGCUCGUUACUCCACCCCUGUUGACAUCUGGAGUAUAGGUACCAUAUUUGCAGAACUGGCAACGAAGAAGCCACUUUUCCAUGGCGAUUCAGAGAUUGACCAGCUCUUCAGGAUUUUCAGAGCUCUGGGCACUCCUAACAACGAAGUGUGGCCGGAAGUAGAGUCUCUGCAGGACUAUAAGAACACGUUUCCCAAGUGGAAGCCAGGGAGCCUCGCAUCCCACGUCAAGAACCUGGAUGAAAACGGCUUGGAUUUGCUCUCGAAAAUGCUUGUCUAUGAUCCUGCCAAACGAAUCUCUGGCAAAAUGGCCCUGAAGCACCCGUACUUUGAUGACUUGGACAAUCAGAUUAAGAAGAUGUAGUUUUCUGUGGAAGUCCCUGCCUGCUGUGCAGGGCCACGUAGUGACAUUUACUGUUGGCUCUCUUCCUGUCUUGUAUAUUUUUCUUCUGUUUGUUUGUUUGUUUGUUUGUUUGUAAACCAUCACCUGGACUUUUCCUAAUUUCAUACAUAUAACUUAAUUAACAUGUAAAUAUUCCAUAUGAAUUUAAAUAUAAUAAUUCUGUAUAUGUGUAGAUCUCACUGUGGUGGCUGUUUGUUACUGUCCCAGAGGUAGGCCUUGCUGCGAGGAACUGUGAAGAGAAUCAUCCCAGACUCAGCAGCUGCUCCUGCACCUGGGCAGUGCACUCUAGGAGCUGCGCUCGCUUUCGCGUGCUUUGAAGGACCUUUGUCCUCUGGGUAUUGGAGUCUUCUUGUCAGUUUCUUGCCACAUGGAGACUAUAAUCUGCCUUCGUAGAGUUUUUCUACUUAUGUUUAAGCAUGGAUGAGAAGGCCCAACAUCUGAGAGAUCAUCAGGGCUUUUUAGUACCAUAAAACCAACAUGUACCUGCACCAAAGUGGGCCAGGAUUUGGCUAGAGACCAAGGGCUGUUGAGAGUGGAAGGACAGUUUUUUAUUUUGUUGUGAGAGCUUUGUCCAGUUGGACUCCUGUGCCGUGGUCGGAGGUGGGUUAGAGUGCUGCUGUAGCUUCCAAGUCUAACCGGAAAACUGCUGAAACUCUUGACAGCACUGUUUAUUAGCAGCGUCUAAAAACGGCCUUGUCCAAAUAUUUAGCUAAAAUUACUCACUCUGGAAGUUAUGUUGCUUAGUAUAACUCUUGAAGCAGCCUGAUCUCAGAAUGGGAGGGCUGAAGGGCUUUAGUUCAAUACUUGGAGGGUCUUAAAGACUGAGCUGACUUGUUUUGUUCCUUCACCAGCUCAGGUUAUAAGCGUUCCUGUCCUCUGUCCUUCGCUGGAGUCAGGGAAGUUCCUGUAGCGUUGUGCUCUGAGUGUAGCAGCUUCUGUCUCACAUGGAGGGAACAAGUUUACUAGAAUAGUUUUCAGUCCGUGCAGUUUCCAGAAACUUCCUCAAGUGUUUAGAGAACCCCAGUGCUGGAGGCCAGCCUCGGGGUUUCUAACUGUGAUUGGCGAAUGCCGUAGCCUCCAGAAACCCUCACCACGUGAUGUUUUUCCUGCUGCUCUUGUAAACUGGGGGUGUGUGUCACCAGAGAGCCUUAGGGUGACAGUUGGUCAGAGGCCCUGGUUCCCACAGUGUUGCCUUAAAACCUGAACCUCCUUAUAUUUUCUUUGGGGUAUGAGUUGGGGAUUUGGGUCCCCCUCACCUCCACUUCCCAGUUUUUUUUUUUUUUUAUUUUUAACUUAAUUGGAAUUGGGUUUCUGACAUUUAAUCUCAAAAGUGCUGAUGAACACAGUGAUUAGUGCGACAUGCUUUAAAUACUCCCAAUUUGAAGCACACUUGAAGUUAGAUUAUAUUAUACUUUAAUUUUUUUUUAAGAUUGCUUAUAGAGCAUUGCUCCUAUUUUAGCUUCAAGUACUGUUGUCCUUAAUCUGCCUUCCAAAGGACCUGUAGAGUUUGAAGUGUUCCUGCGUAGUACCUACUGUCAAGUGUAGAAAAGUAAUAAAUAAAAAACAAUCUGGAGGCGCAGUCCUCUUGAAAUGAUCUCAGCCGGGUUCUCUGUUAAUACAAGUAACUGGGUAACGAACACGGUUGUAGUGGUUGAUUACUAUCAGUACUUCGUGUUUGGAAGGAGCCUCGGUGGUGACUGAGUGGCGCGCUACUCCCAGAGAGUUUCUAAAAAUGCUGUGCCGUGAGACGGCAGGAAUGAUUGAUGUGUCGUGGUCUCUGGAACAGGUCUCAUGCCCAGCGGCACUGCCGCUGGUCUUAGUCCCUCAUGGUGUGCAGGCAUCUUCAUGAGCAAGACUGCCAAAUUCUUAUUCUGCCCAAAGAGUUGGCUGCUUCGAUCUGAGCAGUUAUAGACUGCUUUGGGCUCCGGAAACCUAUUAAGAGCAAGCACGAAUGAAAAAUAACUCUGAAUA